GAUUAUAGAUUCAUCUUAUAAAAUUUGUGUCUCCAUUCAUGAUUCCAGUCAGUCCAGCUUGAUCAGUGAAAUCGCAUACAACGUUUCAGUGGUAAUAAGUCGUUCGUUGUGUAAGGCCAAGACUAUCUUUCGAAUACCCGGUUGUUAACAUCUUAUGAUUUAGCCGCCGGCUGGCUCGUAUACACUUCAAUUUCCUCGAGAUAAUACCAAGCUUGACGAGAUGGCUAAGCUUCGGUUUGGCGGAGAUAUGGUGAAUAAGCUUGGAAAAAAUGGAUUGCUUCACAGCUCCCAACAUUUCCAGAGACUAGCAGUUCUGGUCAGUCUCUUCGGAGUCGUUUUAUUGGCCGCAACAGUCUCAGGAGGAACCAUACCAAACCGAAGGACUGGUGUCGUAGGAACAGAUAUUUUAGGAAGCGACACACAGAAGCUAGGGGGCAAGAUGCGUCCAACACAUCCAGCUUUUCUCAAUGCAGGACGUCAAAAGGGCAUUGAAAUUUGGCGUAUUGAGAACUUUGAACCUGUAAGGUAUCCCGCAAAGGAUUACGGGAAAUUCUACACUGGCGAUUCGUACAUUAUUCUCCAGACCAAUGAGAACAAGAACAAGGACCUGUCUUGGGAUGUUCACUUCUGGCUUGGCUCAGAAACCUCUACCGAUGAAGCAGGCGCAGCGGCAAUUUUAACAGUUCAAUUGGAUGAUCUACUAAAUGGUGACCCCGUUCAGCAUCGUGAGGUGCAGGAUCAUGAGUCUCAAAUGUUUUUGGGUUACUUCAAAAAUGGAAUUCGCUAUGAGAAAGGAGGUGUAGCGAGUGGAUUCCAACAUGCAGAGGUCAAUGCAGCUGGUGAAAAACGUUUGUUCCAGGUUAAGGGUAAGAGGAAUGUUCGCGUUCGACAAGUCAACUUGUCCAUUUCAUCGAUGAACCGCGGUGAUUGCUUCAUUCUGGAUGCUGGCAAUAAUAUCUACGUGUAUGUUGGAUCGUCAGCUAAAAGGGUCGAAAAGUUGAAAGCUAUUAGUGCUGCCAAUCAAAUACGUGAUCAGGAUCAUCAUGGACGAGCUAGAGUUCAUAUUAUUGAUGACUUCAGUACCCCAAUGGACAAAGAGGAAUUCUUCACCGUCUUAGGAUCUGGUUCACCCGAUCAAGUACCAGCCGCAUCAGUUGCUGAAGAGGACGCAGAAUUCGAAAAGAAGGACGAACGUGGUGUUACACUGUACAAGAUUUCAGAUGCUAGCGGUUCAUUGAAAGUUGACACUAUCAGCCAAAAGCCACUGCGACAGGACAUGUUGGACACAAGAGAUUGCUUCAUUUUGGAUACCGGAUCUGGUCUCUAUGUUUGGGUAGGAAAAGGAGCCACGCAACAAGAGAAAACUCAAUCUAUGGCUAAAGCACAAGAGUUCUUGAAAAUGAAGAAAUAUCCAGCUUGGACUAAUAUUGAAAGAGUUGUUGAGGGUGCUGAGUCGGCUCCAUUUAAACAAUACUUCUCAACAUGGAGGGAUUAUGGAAUGAGCCACACACGUCUCAUUCGUGCUGCCAAUGAUGAUGAUUCAGAUACAGCCGAAGAUGUUGAAUUCGAUCCUGCUGUUUUGCAUGCUUUGAAGAAGAGUGGAGGUCGUGCUAUUGGUUUUAUGCCCGACAAUGGCGAUGGAGAAUUGGAAGCGGUUUACCGUAUUGAAAACUUUGCAUUGGCUGAAAUUCCUAAGGAAAUGUAUGGCAUGUUGUUUGGGGGUGAUUCAUAUGUCAUUAAGUACCAUUAUAUGAACAAACGAGGUGGACAAGGAUAUGUUCUUUACUAUUGGCAGGGCAAAGAAUCCUCUAUUGAUGAAAAAGCUGCUGCAGCCUUGCAUGCUUACAAACUAGACGAUGAACUGAAUGGCACCGCGGUUCAAGUUCGUGUGACACAAGGAUUCGAACCUCGUCACUUCUUGAAGGUCUUCCAAGGGAAACUCAUCACAUUUAUCGGUGGUCAUGCCUCCGGUUUCAAAAAUGUCGACGAUCCUGAAACUUAUGAAAGUGGAGUAAGAUUGUUCCGAGUGAGAGGUACUUGCCAGGAAGAUGUUCGGGCCGAUCAACGUCCAGCUAUUGCUUCGUCAUUGGCAUCAGACGAUGCGUUUAUUUUGGAAGUAGCUGAUAAGGUUUACGUUUGGAAAGGAAGGGGAGCAUCUGACUUCGAAAAAGAAAUGGCUGCGAAUGUUGUACAACGUAUUGCAUCCUCAAAGGAGCUUGUUGAAAUUAGUGAAGAAUCUGAACCAAGUGAUUUCUGGGAUGCGCUUGGUGGUGAAGGUGAUUAUGAUAAAGUUCUUGAUCCUGCAUAUCCACCAUUCUUGGAACCAAGAUUAUUCCAUUGUAAGAUUUUGGCAAAUGGAAGAUUCAAAGUGGAGGAAGUUCAUCAUUUCGAGCAAGAGGAUUUGGAUGUUGAUGACAUAAUGGUACUUGAUGGUGGUGAUGAGAUCUAUGUUUGGAUUGGCGAUGGAUCAACCAAAGAAGAAAAGGAGAAAUCAAUUGACAUGGCGAAGCAAUAUAUCCGAACCGAUCCAUCUGAACGUAGUGAAGAAACAGUUCCUCUGGUUAAGAUCCAACAAGGCAACGAGCCAAGGAGUUUCAAACGUUUGUUCCCUGCAUGGGACGAUGAUGUCUGGACGAAUCUAGUAAACUAGAUGUAUCCUGCUUGAAGCGAAUUGUCCAUGGCACACUAACAUAAAAUCAAUUCCUACUUACGAAUCAUUGAAGGAAAGCGUCAGGGAGGCUAACAGCCAAUUGGAUAAUGAAGUAUAAUAGAUACAUCUGCAUCGUUCGUUAUGAAUUACAGAAUCAUCUACUUUUAUACUGUUUUUAACAAAUAAGUUUUAAUGUUUUGUAACAUGCUACCGUGAAAUACAAUAAUCUGUAUGUAUAUCUCAAA